GCCCACCGAAAGUGGGGACAAUUUAUCGACCAAAUCCUUCCCAUUCGAUCCGUUCACUUCUCUUCUUUCUUAUGUGAAACUCCCUGUUAUGCCUUAGUACUGUAAUCAUGUCCUCCCUGCCUCCAGACUACUUAAACAAGAUCUACGCCGGCGUCCUGGGGAAACUAAUCGGCGUCUACCUGGGUCGGCCGUUCGAAAACUGGACAUAUCACGAAAUCCUGGAAAAGCUAGGCCCAGUUCACUACUACGUCCACGAGCAACUCGAUCUCCCUCUAGUCGUGAUCGACGACGACGUCUCCGGCACCUUUGCCUUCGUUCGCGCCCUGGACGAGCAUGGAGCGAAGCCCAAUCUCACGAGCGAGGAGGUGUGGUUGAAUCAGGUGAUUGAGAAGAAGACAAUCUUCUGGUGGGGCGGGCACGGCAUAUCAACCGAGCAUACUGCGUUCAAUAACUUGAAGAAGGGUAUCAGGCCGCCAGCCAGUGGCUCGAUAGCCGCAAAUGGAAAAACGAUAGCGGAGCAAAUUGGCGCGCAAAUCUUCAUCGACGGUUGGGCGCUCGUAAGCCCUGGUAAUCCUGCAUUUGCUGCCAGACUUGCGGAAGCAGCUGCGCGAGUAAGCCACGACGGCGUCGCCGUCCAUGCAGCGGUGCUGUGGGCGGCCAUGGAGGCCGAAGCGUUCAAAUCAAAAGACGUGAACCACCUUCUAAACACGGGUCUCUCUUCUAUCCCGUCGGACUCGCCGCUUCGAGGCCUAAUAUCCGAUAUCCGAAGCUGGGUUGAAGAAGAUGGCAAUUGGGAAAAGACCCGCCAACGUAUCGAAGAUAACUACGGAUACGACAAGUACACCGGCAUAUGCCACAUGAUACCCAACCACGGCAUCAUGAUCAUGGCGCUCCUAUACGGCGCCCACGACUUCAGCACCGCGAUGCACAUCAUCAACACUUCCGGGUGGGACACAGACUGCAACUCCGGAAACAUUGGCUGCCUACUCGCUAUUAUGCACGGCCUCGCUGCUUUCGAGAACGAUAAAGGACUAGAUUGGCGCGGGCCGCUGGCUGAUCGCGCCCUGAUCUCAAGCGCAGACGGCGGAUACUCGAUCAACGACGCCGUCCGACUAACCUACUCCCUCGCAAAUCUCGCCCUCAAACUCGCCGGCGAAGAACCUCUUAACCCCCCAAAAGGCGGCGCGCAAUGGCAUUUCUCCCUCCCCGGCAGCGUGCAAGGUUUCCAAACAACCUCACCACCAGAAACCAUCACCAUCGCCCAAAGCCUCGCGAACGGUGUGCCCGCGCUAGGAAUCCACAUCCACUCCCCCCUUCCCUCCUCCACUCCCAUAGAAGUCCUCACGCAAACUUUCACGCCCCUCGGUGUCCUCCAGGUAUCCCGGGACUACGAAAUGAUGGCCUGCCCAUUAAUCUACCCAGGCCAACUCCUCACCGCCACGCUCUCCGCGGACGCCCAAAACACCGGCCCCGCAAGCAUCACUAUAUGCGUGAAAGCAUACGACUACACCGACGAGCUGAUCAUGCUAGAGAGUCUAGAGCUAGUUCUUGUGCCGGGGAAGCUAGAUAGCUUAACGUGGACAGCGCCGAAAGAGGCGGAGAACAGGCCAAUUCAGGCAGUUGGGAUUGCUGUUCGGGGCUCUAGUGCGCCGCUCGAGGGGACGGUGUGGCUGAGGAGCCUAAAGUGCGAGGGGACGCCUAAGAUGACGCUAAAAAGGCCAGAGAAAGGAAGCGGAAGUGCGAGGUUCUGGCAGCGCGCUUUCGUAUCUUCCGUGCACAAAGCGCACACGUCGAUGGGUCCAUCCUUUUACCUCGCGCAAGGGCACAGCGAAGGCGUAUUCGUCACCGGAACCCGCGAGUGGUCAGACUACUCCAUUAACGUGUCCUCUUUCUGCAUGCACCUCGGCUCAUCCUCCGGCAUAAUCGUGCGCUACCAAUCCCUAAACCGCUGGCACGCCGUUCAAUUCCGCAAAGACGACGGUAAGGGCUACGUCGCUAUCGUCAAGGCGCGGGAUGAGCGGAGAGAGGAACUAGCCAGAGCCGAGUUCGACUGGGCGUUGGAUGUGAAGUAUACGGUGACUGUGGCGCUGCUGGGAAACGCGAUGUCUGCCGUUGUAGGGGAUAGGGAUGGGAGGAAGGGUGUGGAGGUGCAGGCUUCAGAUUUCGAGUAUGAGGGUGGAGGAGCGGGGUUUGUUGUUAGCGAAGGAUGUGUGAGUGCGGAUAGUAUUCAGGUUUGUUGAGGUGAGCGCAAGGAAGAUACUGCGCCGAUAUCACCUUACUCCUCAAAGAUGGUCGGCGAUAGCUGACCAGUUUUCG